AUGCCUCAGCUGCUGCCGCCAUCCCACAACGCCCUCGUGGUGCGACCUCACAUCCCGGUUACCCCUAAAGAGAGAGAGGACGUCCUUCGCUCCGUCGAGUACAACGUCUUCGCCUUUCCAGCCGCUCUCCUCACCUGCGACUAUCUCUCAGACUCAGGAACGUCCGCCAUGACGGAUGUGCAAUGGGCGGCUAUGCUUCGCGGUGAUGAGAGCUAUGGACGGAACUCUGGGUACUACUGCCUCCUCGAAGCAUUCCGAGAUAUUUUCGAGCGAGGCGAAGACCGCAAGUACGUUUUCAGGGAUGUAGUCGCUGGGAUAGCCGACAGUACAUUCUACCAACACGUCUUUCUCAAGCAGGUCAGCGGCGGGUUUGUCAAUGGCGGCCCCAUGCAGCUCAUCCGCCCGAACUUCUUCAUCCUCCCGCAGGGACGAUGUGCUGAAGCGCUUCUGUUUUCCACACUCAGCAACACCAUUCGUACCCAGAGUGAGCCCGCCGCUCAUGACGGCGGCCCACCAGCUCUCAUCAGCAACGGGUUCUUCGACACGACCGGUGCUAAUGCCGCUGCUGCUGGCUUUCAGCUUCACACCUUCACCCAACCCGGCCUUACAGACCCCUUCCCAGCCGAAGAAGUUGGAAAGUCAAACCCUUUCAAGGGAAAUCUUGACAUUGAAAAGGCGUCGGCUUUCUUGCUGGAAGAAGGAAACGGUGACCGCGUUGCCCUGCUUCUGCUCACAAUCACCAACAACUGGGCCGGAGCCCAGCCAGUUUCGAUGGCCAACAUCAAAGCUGCUGCCUCGCUCGCCAAGAAACACGGAAUUCCUUUCUUCUUCGACGCGUGCCGGUUUGCAGAGAAUGCGAAGUUCAUCCAGGACUUCGAGGAUGGCUACGCGGACGUCAGCAUCCCGAAGAUAGUACAAGAGAUGUUCUCUUACGUUGACGGCUUCACUAUCUCCCUUAAGAAGGACGGCCUGGCCAAUAUGGGCGGUGCGCUUUGCUUCCGCGACCAGGGCAUCUUUCCAAGAAAGUUUGGUUCUGACAUUGGCAUUCAGCUCAAGGAGAGACAAAUCAUGUGCUAUGGCAAUGACUCCUACGGUGGAAUGAGUGGCCGAGACGUUAUGGCUGCUGCCGUCGGGCUUUAUGAAGUCACCAAAGAGGCCUAUCUCGCUGAACGCAUCUGCCAGGUCAAGAGAUUUGCGGAAGGGCUUAUCGAGGAGGGCAUCCCCGUUCUUCUCCCUCCAGGUGGUCAUGCCGUCUACCUUGACAUGGACGGCUUCUUCUCGGGAUGCGGACGGUCGUACGGGGAAUUUGCUUCUGUCGGCUUCACCCUGGAACUCCUGAAAGACUUCGGAAUUCGAGCCUGCGAGGCCGGCCCUUUCGGUUGGGAAUGGGACAAGAAAGGGGCGAUCGCACAGGACAGAGAUAGCAUCCCCAACUUGGUUCGGUUUGCCGUCCCACGGUGCGUGAUGUCGGACGGACACAUCGACUACACUGUCGCGGCUAUUUCGGACCUCUACAAGAGACGACACACCAUUCCAGGCGUACGAAUCACUCGAGGCAAGGAAUUGAGAAUGCGUGUGUUUCAAAGCGGCUUGGAGCCUGUUCCUGUAACGUCCAUUGCCAGCAGUCCGGCACAUGCUCGCACGUUCUUGAGUGAAGCCAUACACGACCUCAAGAACCUUUAUGGCGCUCUGGGUCUGAAUGAUCAAGCAUGGGAUUCGACUCAGAAGGCCGUCGACAUCUGUAUGCGAGGUUGGGGCUCCUCGACUGUCGCCGAUAAUCCGGCUGGCUGGCUCUCAGACGCGAGCUUGAACCUGUGUCCAUUUGAGUACUCUGUGGCAAUCGAGGAAGACACUGGAAAUGCUCAGCUGCGUUUUCUCGUUGAAGCCCAAGCCGACGGUGCUACACUCGCAGCGCACCAGAAAGCUGCCCUUCAGCUGACAUCUGAAGUUCAUGCCAACUACCCUCAGCGAGUAUUGUUGGACCGCUUCAACGCCAUCAAAGAUCUAUUCUUCCCUCCAGCCAGCGAGGCGCAAGGAACCUUUGCAGCCUGGCAUAGCUUUGUCACGAAAGAAGAACAGCCGCCAGAGUGGAAGAUCUAUCUCAACUGCAAUGCCCGUGGCAGUGCAAACGGAUCAAGUCUUGUCUCUGAAGCCUUCGACAGACUUGGUAUGACUGAGGCAUGGGGCCCGCUUCAGAAGCUCUUGUCACCGGAACAUAAGCUCAUGUACUUCUCUUUGGACCUCAGCCCAGGGCCACAGGCUCGCGUCAAGGUUUACGUCCAACAUAACGGGGCCAACGCAGACACCGUGGCACAGGCUAUCAAGAACGUUGUCCCAGACAGUUCAGAUGCUGAAGUCCGGCGAUUCUGUACAACUCUUGGUGACUCCGAAGGCCCUUACGAGCGAAAGGGCCCGAUGACCUGUUUCGGUUACACAACUAACGGAAGUGUAAUCAACUCAGAAGCAGCGGUGUACUUCCCAGUGCAUGACUAUGCCUCUGAUGAUGCUGAGAUCCGCUGUCGGGUGGAGAAUUACAUACGAGGUACCCGGAACGGCGAAGGCGAGGUCUUGAUGUUGAAGCCGUAUCAAGAAGCCAUCAAUGCUGUUGCCCAUCGUCCGCUUGGGGAAGCUCGUGGUAUUCAUGCGUGGGUUGGACUGAAGAAGAGAAGAGACAAAGGACAUGUCGUUACCUUUUACUUGGCAUCUGAGAUGUUUGGUGUCUUGCCUAGUAGGACUUGA